GCUUUAUAAACUGGUUUUAAGACCAAUGUAGCAAUAUUUACAUGAUUCUUAUUUUAUUUUAAUUAUAAAAAAUAACCUACAUAAAAUGAGUACGUAUGUAAGACUAUUAAAGUUAUUUGAUAUAUAAAUAAUAUUACAAAGCACAAAUCUAGAAAUAAAAAUGUUGAUUUCUGAACAUUUUCUGCAAAUAAAUGCUCUAAAUGACAAUAUUUUUACGUGGAAUUUGGGAGAAAUGUGUGACGUUUAUAGAAUAAAACAACAAUGUUCAUUUUACUCAAACCUAUAAAUAGCAAAAUCAGAGAAACUGAUUCAGAAACUGAAGCGCUCUCAUCAUUUUUUUCCAGCGCUGUAUUUGUUUAUAUUAGCAUAUGCUAGCUAUAGCGGAACGGUCGCCAUAGUGACGCGCACCUUCUUCCGGAUGAUGAGGUCGUUUUAGUGGAGUGGAGUUCCGGUGAGGUCGUAUUUACACGUCUACGAUCUGUACUCGUCAGCGGAGGAUUGAUUUCUGGACACUAAACUUCAGCGCAGCUCCUUCAGACUGACCCGAGCACACAUUUAACCCUUUAACCCGCAUUAAUCUGCAGAAAUCAGAGCGCUGAUAUAAACUGAGGGGUUAAUAGAGGUAGUUAAAGGGGUGUUUAAGGGGUGAUCUGCUCCACAGAAGCUCUCAGAUGGGGGAGGUGAGGAAGCUGCAGAAGAAGUUGAGGCAGAUUGAGAACCUGGAGAUAAGAGUUUCUCUCACACCAGAGGAGAGAGUGAAGGUCUCGAAGAAGGCGGAGCUUCGCAGCAGAUUGGCUGAGCUGCUGCUGCAGCUUUCUGGCCCCCAGCAAACCCAGUGCAUUGUGGGAGAAGAGGAGGAUAAAAUGAAGAGACAAGUGGAGGAAGCAGCCGAGCACCACACAGAACAUCAAACUCAAACUCCAGCCCAGAAGAUUCCACGUAAAGAUGAGCAGAAGAAAGAGGACAGAACAGAAAGCAGCGGACAAACACACACCAUUCCACACACACCCAGCCCACCAGACCCAGACGCAGAAUUCAGAUCCCUCAGAUCAUCGUGGGAAAAGGCGAAGUUUCGGCUCCGGGUUCUGGAGGGCCACAGUGACAUCAUCACCUGCGUGGCUGCCGUGGAGAACCUGGUGAUUUCGGGCAGCCGCGAUACCACCGUGAAGGUGUGGCACGUUCCCACGGCAACGGAGCAGCGCAAUCUGGGGGGUCACAGCGGCGGGGUCACCUGCCUCUGUGUGCCGCCGGCGGAGUACUGCAGGAGAGUGGCAUCUGCUCUGUGUCUGGGGGAGAAGGAGAGGUUGGUUCUGAGCGGAUCCACUGACUGCUGUGUCAGAAUCUGGACGCUGAGCUCUGGGCAGUGUGUGAAAUCCAUCUACACCUUUAACACUGUCACCAGCCUGAGCUUCAUCGCCGAGGGGGAGGGCUACAUUGCGACAGGCUCAGGUGGAGGGAAGCUGCAGGUGUGGGACUGGCUCUCUCAGGAGAACCGUCAAUCAGUCAACGCGCACCUGGACGCAGUCACCGCGCUACAGUCGCAGGGUCCUCUGGUGGUCAGCGGCUCGGCGGACGGCGGCGUGAGCGUGUGGGAGGUGCGGGACGGCCGGGCGGAGCCCCUGCGCAGGCUGCAGCAGUGGGGGUCGGAGGUCACGGGCUGCGGCGGGGGCGAGGAGGUCGGCGGGGGGCUGAGGCUGAGCGCCCGCGGCGACCGCGUCUUCCUGGCCUGUGGACGAGCCAGCGUACGAGUGCUCGACUGGAGGACGGGCACAGUGAGCAGAUUAACCAAUCACAGCAGCAGUGCUGGCGUCACAGAUUGCGUCAACCAGAUUCCCGGAGUUCUGAUUGGCUCAAGUUUUGACCUUAGUUCUGGAGAAAGUUCACUUAACUUGUUCGCUGUCCCUCAGUGCAAGUAUCUCGUCUCGCUCACCAGUUCAGAAUUACCCAGAAUCCUUUGUUUUGCGGCGUGGCUCACUCCGAGCGGAGGUCAUCGCUGGGUCACCGGCGGACGCAGUCUUAUAGUGUGGGAACAACUUCAAGGAAAUGUCAAAAAGAGGGGUGAUGUCACAGUGAGACGAGACAGCCGAUUGGACAACAAGCUUACGGAAUCUGACUCGGAGGAGGAGGAGGAGGAGCAGAGUGAUGAUGAGGAAGAGGACUCCAUUCCCCAGGAUGCAUCAGACUCAGAAGAAGCGGCUAAUUCAUCCUGGCUGCGCUGUGUUCUCCAGUGAGGGCGAGAGACACUGAGAUAGAGAGAUAGAAAGAGAGAGGGAGAUAGAGAGAGAGAGAGAGAGAGAGAGAGAGAGGAGGAGGAGGUGGGGUGUGAAGUGUAGCAGAUUGAGUGAGUGGUGACGGGGCCGGGAGAGCGGCUGGACAGCAGAUUGUUCGGCGUGUAAACGACGUUGUGUCACGGAGCCAAUAAAAGUGCCAUACUGCG